GACCGCGCAUGCUCCACACCCGCCUGCCGGUAAGAUUUCUAGUAAGAUUUCCCUUCCCGGGGUCGGGGCUGGAGUAAUCGAGGACGCCGAAUCUCGUCUACUGAAGUCGCUUGCUCACAAGCGAGGCAGUCUGGUCUGACAGUUGACACAUCAUGGUCACAGCUUUGUUACGAAGCAGUAACAAAUUUCAUGGAAUAACCGGCAAAGACUCAUGGGUUUAGCCCUCCGGGAAAACAAAACAACCACCCACCCUACCUGCCAUGCUCCCUACAGUAGAGAUGGUGCCAGUGUGGAUGGCCUGCCUGCAUGCCUACCCCUGAGGAGAUGUCUCUGCCUGGCUCCUGGUUCUGAGCUUUGGGCUCCAGGUAGACUUCCUGGCCCGGACAACAGCUGUACUCCAUCCAGCUCUGCCAAGCAAAGAGGCCAGACCCCAGGCCAACCAUGAUGUGGUUCUCAGGGUGAGCUCCGCCCGCUCAUCACCCCCAAGAUGGAAUCUCGUGUGCGGGGUCAAGCCGUGAGACGGGGGUCCCCUCCGGAUGGAGGCUACGGCUGGUUUAUCGUCUUCUCCUGCUUCUUGGUAUUCGGCCUGACGUUCGGCGUCAUUAAGUCCUUCGGCGUCUUCUACGUGGAGAUCCAUCACUACUUUGCCACCACGGCGACGGGGAGCUCCUGGAUCACCUCCAUCGCCGUAGCAACCAUUCACAUCGGAGCUCCUGUAGGGGCAGCGCUGAGUGAGCGCUUCAGCCACAGGUCAGUGGUGAUUCUAGGGGGGCUACUCAGCAGCGUGGGAAUGGUGGCUGGAGCCUACGCACAGAACCUCGUCCAGCUCUACAUCACUGUGGGUUUCAUCACAGGUUUUGGCUACGCUCUGACCUGGACACCCACGGUCACCAUGCUGGGCUGGUACUUUGAUCAGCGGCGUCCAAUGGCCAACGCGCUAGCCAGCACGGGCGAGUGCAUCAUCACCUUUGUCUUGACGCCGCUCUUCCAGCUGCUGGUGGACCACUACUCCUGGCGCGGAGCGAUGCUGGUGCAGGGGGCCAUCCAGCUCAAUCUGUGUGUGUGCGGGGCCCUGCUCAGGCCUCUCAGGGCCCCUGCGAGGGCCCCGCAACAGCAGAGGGAUGGGGAGGUGGUGGAGGAGGAGGAGAUGGAGGCUCCAGCCAGCACCACUAUGAAGUUAAAUAUGGACUCUGACGUUAAGGCAGUGCCAAUCCACACCGACCACGAUGCCGCCAAGUCUGGGACAUCGUGUGUAGACUCGGACGUGCAGCGCUACGUGGACUACACCCUGGUCACCAACGUCCACUUCAUGGUGUACUCUCUGUUCGGCGUGUUUGCGGCUCUGGGCUUCUUCGCGCCGGCACUCUUCCUGGUGCCGUACGCACGCACCCAGGGCCUGGACGAGUACGAGGCGGCGAUGCUGGUGUCGCUGUCGGCAGUGCUGGACCUGAUCGGACGCGUCUUCUUCGGCUGGGUGGCCAACCUGAGGCUGGCGAAGACCACCGUGCGCCAGCUGACUGCCUCGGUCCUGGCACUGGGCACCGUGCUGCUGCUGUGCCCACUGGCCACCACCUUCGGGCAGCUGGUUGCCUUUUGCAUGGCGUAUGGCCUGGCGUACGGCGCCACUGUCUCCACGCACAUCACCGUGCUGGCCGAGGUGGUGGGGGCGGAGAGGCUGGGCAGUGCCAUCGGGUUCUUCAUGCUCAUCCGCAGCACCGGGGGUCUGCUCGGACCUCCCAUCGCAGGGUUCUUCAUUGACAAGAUGAGUGACUACGGCACCGGCUUCCUCAUGGCAGGUGUGGCCCUUAUAGUCUCUGCCCUCUUCCUGCUUCUGCUGGACCAGAUGAGCAGGAGGGGGCGGGGCCUGAACAGGAAAGGUGACCGCAUGCACCCAGAGAGCAAGAAAGAAGGGGAGGAGCUGAAUAAAUGGACGAACGUUUGUCAGAAAGAUGGGAGGGGCUUGGAACAAGAUGUCUAGGUGGGAGAGAGAACAAAACGCUGAGGAUGAAAUGUUUUUACCAGUCUCUUAACCAUGAGUGAAGAAGAGGAUGAAAUGAAGUGGCCAAAACAGCUGUUGAGUACUUGCCAGAUCUUGCCAGCGCUGAACUAAUGAAGCAGAGAUAUGAUGCCUUAAGAAAUUAUUCAUCAGCGUUGUCUUAAUCCAUGUUGUCUGUGAGGGCACCUUAAAGAAAGUGCCUGGAAAGAUCAUUCUCAGGGCAUGACACACCAAACCCAUGAGGUGCAAGUGCAAGACACAAAGAUCUGUAAGCCAAAACGAAAACAUAUUUUUUCCCAAUUUUUCAAAUUCUCAGGAUACUAUUGAGAGCAUAAAGUUAUCUAUGCACCGAAUGCUGCUACCAAAAUCACAUGUGCGCACACACACACACACACUAACUUGCACUGAUGAUGCACAACAUUACAGUUCUCCUGUAACUCACGACAAUCAGCCUCACACUCAAUCUGCUGCAUUUUUUCAUCUGUGAUGUAGUGUUACCUCAGAACAAUUUGAUUUCUCAGGUUUUUUUAUAUCAAAAUCUACUCCUGGAGUUGUGAAAAUCCCCCCUAUACACAACUGCACAAUGUUCAAUCCAUAUGACACUGUGAUGCCACCGCAACGCUGGAAAAGACAGUUUAAGAGGUAACCUUGAAUGCAGUCGGUCAGUUUUGUGUAAGCAAAUGGCGCCCUCUAAAGGUUUGCCUAAUCUCCUGUGGAAUAUUUGAGGUGAAUCCAGUUAAGAACCUGAAUCUUUUUUGCUCAAAGGGUUCUUCAUGUUUAGUGACGUGGACACUGUUUUUAAUGUCACUGCUGUUUUUCUUGCCUUAAAUAUCUUUCCUUUUAACGUUUUUGUUUAAAUGUUUUAUGUGAACCAAAUCAGCUCCUUGGGGUAAUUUGGAAUGUACUGCUCUGUUCAUUUACUGCAGUAAUUUAUUAUUAAGUUAAUAAUUAACAUCAUUUGAAAAUAAAAAUGACAAUCCCUGAGACCGAAGUCAAGAAUAUCAUUGAUAUAUGUUGAUGAGUCUGAGCUUCACAUAGUAAAUGUAUUACUUUGAGAAGUUACAAGUUAGAUCCAUGGAAACAAAAUGUUUAAACCCAAACAAAAUGUUUUGGUGCAAAACUUUUCCAGUCAGAAUGAAGUAAGGGCCGCUCAAAGCACACCAUGGAUAAGUGAUAAAGCGAGGCUUGACCUAGUAUUGUCUGGUCAUCCUAGCACAACACGUUUCACUAAUGUCAAUCCAGAAUGACAAGGAGUGACUAGGGCAAGCCAGGUGUAAGUAAUUCAGGAUACGUGCACGUUCCCGUUUUUCUUCCAAAGAACCCACGGUUGGAAAUAAAAAGACUCAGAAAAUAGCGUCAUCCAUAGUAAAAAAUUUUUUUUUAUUUAUUUUUUUUAUUUUUUAUUUUUGAAUGGGGAAACACAGUUGUUUCUGUAUAACAGCGAGAGUAGGCGUGGUGGACCAAUUGCAAACUGACAUGCACCCACGUUUGAGUGCUUCAUGUAGGCAUGGAACGUCAUUAAGAAAAGAGCUUUUCACUGUAAAGAUAGACAUAGUAUGAUUAUAUGACUAUCUUUAUAACCGAAUUCAUUGACAACACCUCUGAAAAAUUGCUCUCCGUUUCCAAUCAACUACUACCUUAGACUAUUCAUCAAACCAACAGAAGAAGCAAACGACUUAUGUUAAUAAUUAUAAGGCUAUCACAAUUAAAAUGAUAACCCUGUGGUAAUAGGCAGACAAUCUGUGGUGUUUUGUGAGCAAAUACAUUUAGCAAAUAGUAUACAAAUGGAA